AUGCAUAGUGCUCUCUUUCUACUCUCCUGGAUCCUCACGCGCCGCAGCCCUCUCUUUGUCUUUGCUCUCUUCAACGCUAUCAUUGCCGCCCUCCUGGCCCAGUCUGCCCGACUCUCCGCCUCCGAUCACCGCACCUCCCACUCCGAACCUCAAACAGAGCACCGGCACAAUCAACUAAUAACGGAUCGAGCUGUAACGGAUACGUGUACGGACAAUGGUUCAUGUGCCGCGGCAGAUUCAGGUUCCAAUUUCAGAUCCCAGAGAGUUUUCCAGCGGAUUCGAUCGGAGAAGUUGGAGGAGGAUGAGGGAAGGACAACGGAGAGGAAGAAACUGCGGCGAUCGGAGACGGAGACGGAGACGGCGAAGGCGGUUGAAGGUUCGUAUCCCCGGCAUGAUAAGCUGAGCAACGAGGAGUUCCGGCAAACCAUAGAGGCGUUCAUUGCGAGGCAAAUGAGCCUUUUCCGGGAAGAGUCGUUGGCCAUUGUUCUUAUUGACGGUGGCGAAUCCGACGAGCUAGAUGUCGGUGAUAGAAGAGGAGUGCAUCGCGGUGGGGAAGUGGAGAGGGUCUGA